CAGUGAACUGUCAAGCUGCAACCACCGAAAAUUGCUAAAUAUUCCGGCCUUUGGUUUAGCAAAAAAAGAAAUAAAUAAAUAACGUUGUUAAAUUACUUCAACUAAGGCAAUUCCUCCUACUUGAAUAAUGUCACGCAGUGUUCGAGCUGAAACUCGUAGCCGAGCAAAGGAUGAUAUUAAGCGUGUAAUGCAAGCCGUUGACAAGCCACGACAUUGGGAAAAGAAAUGGGUUACUAUAAAUGAUACCACAAUGAAAAUUUUCAAAUGGGUGCCCAUCUCCAACAACGACAAGAAGAAACUCAAUAGUCUGAGCAAAAGUGAUAAGGAAAAUAUGCAAAAAGGCACUCCAACACCUCCCCAGAUAACGUCGAGUUAUGGAUUAACGGCCGAUGAUUCCAAUACCUGCUUUUCAGUGGUUAGUGAUUCUCAGGGUGCUGAUUUCGUGAGCAGUAUGCCAUUUUCUGAAGAUUCUAACUCACAGGGCAGCGAGGGACCAGUCAAACGAAUAAAAACAUCCGAUUAAAGCAGUAUCCAUAUGUACAAAAACAACUUUUUAAACAAACAUUUUUCUCAGUAAUUUUAAGUUAGUAAUUUUACAUGUAUAGUAAGUAGAAUAUGACCAACUUAAUUUCAAUGAUUUCAAUAUAGUGAUCCCUUUACUCAAAACAGCUUUGACAGAAUUUCAACAA